GAGCCAACGAAGUGGGAGAUUUCGAAGUGAAUGCAGCAGAAAACAAAACGGAUUUGAACGUUGUGUACUUUAUCCACCUUUAGACUAACAUGUGAUGCUUUAACACAACAGAUCGGAGACACUUGUUAAAGAUGGCCACCCCGAGUAAGACUCCACCCGGCGCCGACCCGAAGCAGCUGGAGCGGACCGGGACGGUCCGGGAGAUCGGGUCCCAGGCGGUGUGGUCCCUGUCCUCCUGUAAACCAGGGUUCGGAGUGGAUCAGCUGAGAGACGACAACCUGGAGACGUACUGGCAGUCAGACGGGUCGCAGCCUCACCUCGUCAACAUCCAGUUCAGGAGGAGGACCACGGUGAAGAUGUUGUGUAUUUAUGCAGAUUAUAAAUCAGAUGAGAGCUACACACCGAGUAAGAUCUCAGUGAGAGUCGGAAACAACUUCCACAACCUGCAGGAGAUCAGACAGUUGGAGAUGGUGGAGCCCAGCGGUUGGAUUCACAUUUCUCUGAUGAAUCAGCGGACGAACGAGCCGAUCAGCACUUUCAUGAUCCAGAUCGCGGUUCUGGCGAAUCACCAGAACGGCAGAGACACUCACAUGAGGCAGAUCAAAGUGUACACGCCCGUAGAGGAGAGCUCCAUCGGGAAGUUCCCACGAUGCACCACGGUGGACUUCAUGAUGUACCGGACCAUCAGGUGAACCGGACUCGACCAUCGAGUGAUCCGGACCUUCAGGUGAUCCGGACCAUCAGGUGAUCCGGACCAGACCGGACUGAACCAGGACCUCCUCUCUGCUCCGGAGAAGACAAAAUUACUAUAAAAAAAAACCUGGACAUAUCUCAAGGUUUUUGUUAAAUGGCGCUUUUAUUUUGAAAAUCAGUAUUGAUGAAUUGCAUAUAGACACAUUUAAAGACGUUUUAUUGGUCGUGAGGAGUUCAAAGCCAGAAGGACUUCUGAGGAGAAAACUACGUUUUCUAAAGUUUGGUUUCAUGUUUUUCUGGAUGAUUUGUUUAUUUGUUUACUUUCGACUGUUUGUGCCUCCGUUAGCCUCCGGACUGUCGUUAGCCUCCGGACUGUCGUUAGCCUAUCGUUAGCCUCCGGACUGUCGUUAGCCUAUCGUUAGCCUCCGGACUAUCGUUAGCCUCCGGACUAUC